GCUCGCGUCCUUCCCCUUUAGUCGGCGUCUUCGAUAGGGACUGCACCUCUGCUUUCCUUCAUUUUUUGAAAAAGCUCUCAAACCACAUCGAUUCCCGUCUCCUCUCCCAUUCUCCAACCCCAUUUUCUCCCCGGAAUUUCUUCAGAUUCACGCCUCCGUCGCUGUUCAUCACACAAUUCCGUCCGUCCUCCGCCGCCGCCGCCGCCGAUUAGGUCACCGCCUUCUCGCACGACGCUUUAUAUUCUGGAGAUAAGUCGUCCGUUCAAUUGAUCGAUCAAUCGCGAGAAUCAGCGAAUGGAAUAUUCCGAUAAAUCGAAGAGCUCCGGCGGCAAAACCGUUUCUCCGUCGCCGUCGUUGAAUCGGUCGGUGACCUUCCACUCUCCUUCGGCGGCGGAGGGGGAAAUUACCAACAAACCGCUGUACAACCUCUACAAUACGCCGUCAUUUCAGCGCGGCGGUUCGUUCAAAAGCCUCUACAGCUCCCCCUUCGGCUCAAUGGUCUCCGCCGGGAAUUCGUUGAAAGGGAAAGUACGGAAACUGUGUUCGAUUUUCGAAUCCCCAAAACAACCACCAAACCCUCCGAAUCCCCAAAUUUCCCCUUCGCAAUCGCAAUUAUCCCCAACUCCAUCUAUAAAACCUUCAAAAUUGUUAUUGCCGGCGUCGAACAGUUUCUCACUCAAAAGCAUCCCCUCUCCCGUCCCCGAUUUGCUCUUCAGGCUUCCCGGAACCGAAGAUAGAGUCGUGAUUUACUUCACCAGCCUCCGAGGAAUCCGUAAAACCUUCCAGGACGGCCACAGCAUACGGAUGAUUUUUCGCGGUUUUAGGGUGAAUCUGGACGAGCGCGACGUCUCAAUGGAUAUUGCUUACAAAAAGGAACUGCAGAGAGCCUUAGGAGAAACCAACAUCGCAUUACCGCAGGUGUUCAUCAAGGGGAAGUACAUUGGUGGAGCUGAUGUGAUAAGGCAGCUGCUCGAGGCCGGCGAGCUCGGGAGGCUGCUCAAAGGCUUGCCAUUAAAGCCUCCAAUGCCCUGCGAUGCCUGCGGCGAUAUGAGGUUUAUCCCGUGCACUUACUGCAACGGGAGUCGGAAGGUGUUUGAUGAGGACGACGAGCAGCCCAAGAGAUGCACAGAGUGUAAUGAAAACGGGCUGGAGCGCUGUCCACUCUGCUGCAUAUGAAGCAGCCAAAUUUUUUUUCAGAUCAUCAGGAGAUGACAUGAAAGCAUGAUAGCUCUUCACUCAAUGCUGAGGAAAUCAGCAGUUGUAUAUAUUAGUUGUUUUGUGCGUUGGGUGAACAUCGGUUGUUCACCCAUUGCUGGUGUUGUAAAGCUGACUGCAUAUAUAUAUAUAUAUAUCUAUAUGUGUGUGUAUGUAUUCGGGUGGCCAUUGCGCCGAGGGAGGUGCUAGCGGCUUAUGUGUUGCAUGAUUAUGCAGCCGGUGAUAAUAUUUUUUAACAUCGACUUUGUUGUAUUGGUUAAUAAUGUCCAUGACAUGACAACUUCGCUUUGGUCUGAGGACUGAAUGCUUUUAUCAAGAAUGCUCAAUACGUCAUUGUCAUCCCGUUUUUUCGAAA